AUCGAAUUGUUCCUUCAUUCAAAUUUGCACUAGCACAAUUCAAUUGAACUACAAGGCAUUGUCAUAUACAUCAGGAUAAUAAACUUAUUAUGAACGGAAUCAAAGUAGAUAUCAAUCAUCUUAAGAAAGGUGAAGUCAAUCUAGGCACAUCGAUUAUGGCCGUUAAAUUUCAAGAUGGGGUUAUAUUAGGUGCUGAUUCCCGUACCACCACCGGAUCAUACAUUGCCAACAGAGUAACUGAUAAAUUAACUCAAAUCCACGACACAAUCUACUGUUGCCGUUCUGGUUCUGCCGCUGACACCCAAGCCGUGGCUGAUAUGGUCAAGUACUAUCUUCAAAUAUAUGCUGCUCAAUUACCACCUAAUGAAACCCCCACCACGGAAAUCGCCGCUAAUGUUUUCCAAGAAAUUUGUUACAACAAUAAAGACAAUUUGACCGCAGGGAUAAUUUGCGCUGGGUAUGAUAAGAAGAACGGAGGUAGUGUAUAUUCCAUCCCUAUUGGUGGGUCAAUCCAUAAACAAGAUUAUGCCAUUGCUGGAUCAGGUUCAACUUUUAUUUAUGGUUGGUGUAAUGAAAAUUUCAAGCAGGGAAUGCAGAAAGAUGAAUGUGUUGAUUUUAUAAAAACUGCACUUUCUGAAGCAAUCAAAUGGGAUGGGUCCUCUGGUGGGGUUAUUAGAAUGGUUAUUUUGACUGAAAAGGGGGUUGAAAGAUUGAUUUUCUACCCUGAUGAGUAUCAAAAGUAGGCAUUUAUAGUAAUAAGAACAUAGAUUGAGGGGAAGUUGUAGAUAGCACAAAGCUAAGUUUAUUAUCUACAUUACACUAAUUGGAUCAAUCCGGUUUUCUUCAAAGACAGUUUCAAUAUAAUAUGUAAGCAUUAAAUCCAUGACCUAACAAAAAUGCUCCAAACAUAAAGAUAACUAUUGACGAUGUAUUUCUUGUCCAUCUAUUGUAAUAGUAGUAUAGAGCAAUUGUCGUGGUUAACACCAGUUUUUUUUAAAAAAAAUUAAAACAAAUAAAAAAUGUUCCAGAACCAAGUUCUCUGUUCACUAGUUUCCUUAACUUGUCUUUCAGAAGAUCUUGAUCGAAAUCUGAAACAUAUCUGAUUCCAAGUCCGGAAUAUGAGACAUUUGCUAACGGUAAAAAAAAACACUUUUAAUAUACGACCUUGAACAAGAUAUAGAGACCGAACCCGGUGAAUAUUAAACGAUAGGAAACAUAAUUAACUUGACAUGCUCGAUUACUCAUUACUAUGCAGCCGAUUGACCGUCGGACAUGUGCUAUUUUAGCCUAUCUGUUGCAUAAAAGAGGCAAAUUUAGUAAUGGAGGAU